AUGUACGAAUUGGCAGCCCGGAACGAGGCACGCCUCCCCAAUCUGGCAGCUAGUCAUUACCGAUGGAAGCAGACCACAGCAGCAUCGGGUUCCAGCCAAGCAGAGCCCGGAAAACUGACACGCAGCCAAGCAGAGGCGAACGUCGCAAGAGGCAACCUAAAACCGCAAGUCGACGGUUUACCGUCUAUUUUUCUUUCGGCUAAUUUUUCUAUUCGUAAAACACAGUAA